UUACAGGUAAUUCUUUUUACAUUUUUCCUAUCUACAGGUUUCCUUUUUAAUGGCCCUUCGAAGGUCUGCUAUGAAAAGUACGGCUGCUUUAAUAAACAACCUAAAGUUCAGUGGGGCUUGAUUUGGAUUCAACCAAGUCUGCCGCAAAAUCCAAAUGUUGUUGGCACAACAUUUGACAUGUACACUAGGAACGGGCAUGGAAGAGUAAAUGAUUAUGAUGCAGAUAAAUUGAAGGACCCAAAGUUUGAUAUCGCGCGGCGAACAAUCUUUGUGAUUCACGGCUGGAGAGGUGAGUGCCUGUUUGUGGCUCGAGCACCGAGGAAGGGAGAUCAUGAUAAGCCUACGCUCUUUUUAAAAUCUUUUUUGUCCGAAAUAGGGUGUUUUUACGGAGAAACUAAAGCAUAUGUACAGAUGAGAUUUUAACUACCAAAUUUUUCAACAUUUUUAUAAAAUCUAGAAAAAGCAACCAAGGGCUGGACCAUUGAAUUGAAACAUGCCCUUUUACAGCGAGAAGACUGCAAUGUGAUUUUGGUGGACUGGUCUGGAGGAGCGAAAACACUUUAUGGACAAUCUGUGGGCAAUACCCGGCUCGUUGGGGCUCAGACAGCGGAGCUGAUAAGGUUCUUGAUUAAGAGUGCUUCAGGAUCACCUCACUCAGCUAAAAUGUUCUAUAUUGUGGGAUUUAGCCUUGGUGGACAGACCGCAGGGUAUGCCGGGAGUUAUUUAAAGGAGAAAGCCCGAAUGACACUUGGUCGCAUUACAGGUAAUGAAACACAAUUUCAGAACCUGGCUGAGCCAUUCUAAUGUGUUUUUGGAAAAGACUAUUUUCUCUAAGAGUCUUUCUCCACCCAGGAGUAUAGAGGGGUACAAUGGAGGGAACAAAGAAGCUUGUGAAAUGCAGUGCACGGUCGAGAAAGAGCUAGUUUGUUCUCUGUUUCCCUAAACGAUAAGCAAUCAGGUUAGGAAACGAACAAAUUUCGAUCCUAAAUAUUUUAGUGCUAUCCCGUGCAAGGCUUUCCGCAUCAUGAAAGAUUUUUCUUUAUCUUUGAUGAGCGAGUUACUGCCACCCUAAUGCCUAGCAAUCGCCUUAAAAAGAAACUAGAAUGAGAUCCGGCUGUGCAGAUUUAACCAUUCUUUCCUCUCAAGGACUGGACCCAGCUGGUCCUUAUUUUGACGGCAAUGCUGACCCUCGCUUCCGGUUGGACCCAAGUGAUGCUGAAUACGUUGACGUCAUACACACCGACAUGCACAAGAGCAGCGGUUUGGUCGGUUUCGGUAUGCGCGAUGAGGCCGGUCACGCGGACUUUUUUCCGAACGGAGGCAUUGAUCAGCGUGGUUGUCUACGACAUUUGGUUAAGCUGGGUAGGUUAAACUACAAGGGUAAUUAAAAUCAAAACACUUAACCUUAACCUUAACAUGUACGUGGAAUACAAAUGCUUUGGAAUACGUUGUUCGAACUUGGAAACUUGGGUAUAUUUCAUCAGGGUUAGAAAGAUUGAGGCGAAAAACGUAUAGUAUGAGACAACCUCAGAACAUGGCAGGUGAAACCAUUAAAGUUUUUCAGAGCUCAUUUGAAAAUGACUUUAUAUUCUUUAGAGUUCAUUCAGACAGUGAAGUGUGACCAUCAGAGGGCUUGGAGAUACUACAUUGCGUCAGUGAACAACCCCCGCAGCUGGAAAGCACGUCCUUGCAAGGAUUACAAAAACUGUGAGAACGGAAAGAUCACGGCCUGCGUUGGUGAAUGCCCGUCUAUGGGAUAUGGCGCCGACAAAACAAAACCAACGGGGAAAUUUUAUCUAGUGACAUCCGCCCAAGCUCCAUUUCAUGGUAUGUGUGUCUCUUUGUUCUUUUAG